GCUGGCGUGAGUAUGGGUUGGGCGGGGAGAUACUGAGAGGGGCGAGGUUGGGAACACAGACAAAGGAAAAACCGCUGCGGGCAACCGUGGAAGAUUGCGAGAAAACAAGACUACCGAUCUGCCCCUAACGAACUAUCUAGCAGCUCUUAAGAAGAGGAAAAUAUGACAAUGACAACUGGAUGUUAAUGAGAACUGCACAUUUUCGGCCUAUUAUUGUCUACAACGGAAGUGUUGACAUGGUCUAUGCUCUGCUGGUGCUGUUAAAAAGGCAUUAACAAAAAGAGGACAGCAUAGGGCUACUGGAAGAUUAAAGAGGAAAAAUGAACGGGUUCCAGUCUAGUCCUCCGGAGUGUCCCGUUGGAAGCGUCUGCUCCAUCGAAGGUCUACCCCCACUUCCAAAAGGCCUCAGUGGGAUUCUGAACUCCAGCGGUGGUUCGUGGAGGGACAUCGAGAAGGUUUACAGCAAGAAGACCCGCAUCCAAGCCGACAUCAGCAAGUCCAGAGUUAGUGAUUCCAUGGGCCGUAGCAAGCCCGCCAGCCUGGACGCAGCGCUGGCCAUGCUUCGUAAAGAGAUGGUGGGGCUAAGACAGUUGGACAUGUCGUUGCUGUGCCAGUUAUGGUCCCUGUACGAGUCCAUCCAGGAGUACAAAGGAGUUUUUCAAGACAUGUCCUCCUCCCUCAUGUCUGAGAGCUCCUUCACUACUGAGAAUGGGUUCUCAGAGGAGGAGGAGGAGGAGGAGGAAGAGGAAGAGGAGGAGGAUGAGGAUGAGGACAGAGAGGAAGAUGCACAGGGUGCUCCCGGAACCACUCUGUCACUGCCACAGCCUGCGCAGAACUCUCGGGACCAGUGGAUUAAGGAGUCCUUUCACUUAUAGACCAUAAUGCUCUGCUCACACAUCCCCUUAUAUACCACUGCAUUUGUUUCAGACAUCCCAUUAUAGGACACUACAUUCUUCCUAUACAUCCCUUAUAGAACAAUGCAUUCAUUCUGUACAGCCCUUAUAGAACAUUGCAUUAUUUCCACACAUCCCCUUAUGGAACACUGCAUUCCACGUGUGCCCUUAUAGAACGCCACAUUUGUCCUGAUGGAGUGCUCCUUUCUUCAUCCGAGCUUCUGUGUCUUUCAGUAGCUAGCUGACAUGAAUCAAACAAAGCACUUUGCUCUCAACUUCCUGGGUGGCGUUUUCCAGGUGAUGCUCUUGUUCCUUGAGUGGUCAUAGGAUGUCCCUGAACUCAUGUUCGGGCACAUCAGGCUGGUGCUCUAGUCAACUGCUUUUUAUAAAUAUGUAAUACUAUCUUUUAUACAUACUGUUGAAUAAGAAAUUUGGUUAAAAAGUGAUUGAAUGUGGCAAGUGAAGAGGAGCAUUUUCAGACUCUAAAGGCCGUUGGCUUAUUUCUCCACUACAUUUAUUACUUUGGAUGUACCUGUAUGGAUAUGAAGUCAAAUCAAAAUGUUUUUCCAGUUUGUAUUGAUGCCUUUUAAAAUCCUCCAGUGGUAUCCAUUGUUUUGCUUUCUUAAUUUUAUUCUGAUUGUAAAAGUAUUCAUUUCUGAUCUGUGGGGAGGGAGGGCAUGUUGAUGCUCUUUGUCUUUAUAUUCAAAUGAAAUAUUUAACUUGUUUAUACUUAACAGUUUUUUUCUAUGCUCUGAAAACUGAAUGUAGUCAUAGACUCAUUUGAAGUUGUGUGAAUAAAAUUAUUUGUAAUAUUC